AUGGUUCCGCAUGUUCCUUCGAUGUAUGGUUUGAAUUCUUGGCAUGCGAACACUACGGCCAAUGCCUCUGUCUCACUGCUGUGGUAUCUGGCCUCAUGCUGAUUUAGCUUCCUGGAAGCGUAGACUAUCGGAUGAAUUUUGGCAUCCUCUGGCGAUUUUUGAAGGAGAACAGCCGCAAUAGCGAUGUGACUCGCAUCUGUUUCGAUAAUGAAUGGAUAGCCAAAUCGCGGUGCUGCCAGCACUCUGGCCUUGUAAGUUCUUUUUUUCUUUUCGCCUUUUUCUAUUUUGGGAAAUUAGAGAUUUAGGUAAGACAAGAUUAGAUAACAAAGGGAGGAAAAGUGGGGGAAGCUCUCGAAAACCGAUUUAGGAAUCUCAAUUAAUUUACCUUAUUUUUCUUUUGAUUUCAGUCUGCCAGAGGCUCAAUUAUUCUGUGCGCCGAAGGGGCUCCAGUCGGACGUAGAUCUGCUGCAUGAGCUCCGGAAACCGGCCAAAUGCGACGACUGGAACUGGGGACAAGUCUUCGCCGGAGGUAUGGCGUCGCUGGUGCUACUUGGUUUGGUCCUUUUGUUCUGGGUUCUGACCCCUAUUCUGCUGGCGAAGUGGAGGAAGACGAGAGGACGCCGUGUUGGUCGCCCGGUAAGUAUUAUUGACAAUUAAAUUUUUGGCUAGAGUAACUGUCCAGAACUGUUUUUGCUGUCGAUUUCUUCCCUUUUUAUACUUAAAAUUUUUAGGACGGUCAAGAGUUUCCACCAAUCUAUCCUCCGGCUUCUACAAUUUCCGUGGUGACUGGCUCUAUCCCGGAGGAACCGGCCGUCGAGCCCGUCGAGGGAACCCAGCAGUUGAACGUCGACGAGACGGCCGAGGUCUCGACUACCUGGGGCGAAAAUUAG